UGAAUACGUGCGCGAAUUCGUUUGUUCGAUUUUUGGUUUUCAUUGUAACGUAAAGUCAUUUGUUUUUGCGUGUGUGUGUGCUGUUUUUUUUUUUACUAUAGCAAAGUAGCGCGAAAUAAACCUGUUCCUACACAUCCUGCCCAAGGACGGCAGCGAUUACGAGUAUUACAGGAAUAUAUUGAAUCUCGUCAACUAACUAAAAAUCCACAUAAAGUGUGUAGUAUUAUGAAUUCAACCUCUUCAAACGUACAAAGGUACACAACUACUAACUCGUAAAUGUUUGAAAAGUGAAGAAUAAAAUUUCGUGAAACGGAAUAAAUUACAUAACCUAAAAAUGGAACAGAAUCAUAAGAAUCACACUUCUAAUGACAAUCCACGCGGCUCCGUGUCGUCCAUUAAGUCUUUGGAAGUGCCACCCACACCAACGCGUUCACCUAAGAAGGUAUCAUUUUCAGAUGAAUUGCCAUAUAGUGAAACACCCGCCGAGGGACAAAACAUUAGCACCAACAAUAGCAGUGACAGUACCGACACCAACAGUCACAACGAUUGUCACAAAAACAAGAGCAACAAUAAAAUAUCCCCGCCAGCAGCCGUUACCGAGGAGGAACUAACGGCCGUAAAUCACGUGUUGCUGCAAGCGGCACAGUACCUUGAAAAAUUGCACGGCGCUCGCGAUCAGCAACCAGAACAGUAUGGCCAACAACAAACGAGCCAAAACGAAAUCAACAUAAACAGCGCACAAAUAAAUCUAAGGCAGCCACCACAAAAAGUAAGGCGCGUAGAAAGAGAUGGUGGUGGUGGUGGUGGGGGACUGUCAAAUGCCACAGCGAAAGAAAUAAAUAUCAGCGAUGAAAUUGAUAAGGUGCAAGUGCAUAAAUUGCCGAACAUAAACACGAGUUCGAUAAUAGCAACAACACCGGCGGCAGCGGCAGCGGCAGCAGCAGUUAGCAGUGCAAGCGUAUCACCUGCUGUGCUUGAAUUAGACAACAGCAUCGAGCAAUCAACAACAUCGAUGGUACAACAUCAAAAACAAGAACAAAAGCAACACCAAAACAAACUAGCCAAAUCACAGCCAUUAGUAUCUACGAAUUCAGCGCAGCCCACUGCAGUUGCAACACGAAAAACAUUCACCACCUCCCUCAGCAACGUACAGCUAGAGGAGCCAACUACCUCGGCGCAAUUGCAAGAGAUAAGCGAAGAGCAAUCUCACGUGGCCAGCUACAUUGACCGCUACAACCUCAAUUUAGAUAAGAAUUUUAGUGCGAUGGAAGUGGAGGCAAGACGUGAAAAACUACGCUGGUUGCUCAUAUCCGAGUGCAGUGCACUGCUCGCUGAGGGCAAACACACGCGAGAGGCUUUCCGGAAAUUGGUGCUGGAGAAGGAGUUCCAACAAAAACUGUUCCAUCUCUUCGAUCUAGAUGGCAAUGGUUAUCUGGUACAGGAUCGUUGGAUUGAACACCUAAAAGGACGUUUAACUCCUUUGCAUACAUCAUAUACAGAUCCAUGCGAUGACAGGCAAAUGGAUUUCGCCGAACAGCUCGAGUCGGUGGCCUAUGUGAUUUGUGGCGAAAAUAGUAAAAUUACCCCGAAAAACUUUACGGAAAUUUGGCAGGCGCGUGGUAUUUUAGAUAAAUUGUACCGUCUGAUUGAUGUCGAUGGCACGAAUUUAAUAUCCACAAAUCAAGUAAUGGAAUUCAUUUCGCACCUGACCAACACACGACCACGCACCGGUUUUGAUAAGAGCUCUCUGGCGCGUCUGGAGCAACUCUUUCGCAGCACUGUGGGUAAUGAGCAGGAGAUACGCCGUGAAGAGUUCCAGAAAAUUGUAACAUCGAAAAAUCCAUUUUUUACUGAGCGUGUCUUUCAAAUAUUCGACAAGGAUAACUCCGGUUCGAUAUCUUUGCAAGAAUUCAUUGAUGCCAUUCAUCAAUUCUCCGGCCAGUCAGCGGAUGAUAAAAUACGCUUUUUGUUCAAAGUCUACGACAUCGAUGGUGACGGCUUGAUACAGCACAAAGAGUUGCAUGAUGUGAUACGCGCUUGCAUGGAGGAAAAUGGUAUGGAAUUCUCUGAAGAACAAAUUGAAGAUUUGACAACCGCCAUGUUCGAAGAUGCAGAUCCAUAUAAUCGUGGUGAAAUCACUUAUGAAGCAUUGAAGAACCAGAUAAGCAAACACGGCGGCUUAUUAGAGAAUCUCAGUAUAACCAUAGAUCGUUGGCUAGUGCCCAUGACUCAGGAAACACCUAAACCAAAGUCCAAAUGUCCGCACUGGCGUGGAGGCUUACCACAUCAACUCACACUGGCCUACAUGAAAAAUAAUCAAGCGUACGUUUCGUAUCUCUUCAUUUAUAUCGCCAUAAAUAUGUGCCUCUUCAUAUCACGUGCCAUACAAUAUCGUGCUAGUAACGGAUUUGUAAUUGUUGCACGUGCAUGUGGACAAUGCCUUAAUUUCAACUGCGCCUGGAUAUUGGUGCUAAUGUUGCGGCACUCACUCACAUAUCUACGUUCUCAGGGCCUCUCAUCAUACCUACCCUUGGACAACCACAUCUACCUACACAAAUUUACGGGCAUCGUAGUAUCCAUUUUGAGUCUUAUCCACACCAUUGCACAUCUUUUUAAUUUCUCUAUCAUUGUUGUGAAUGAUCCCAAAAUCAAUGCCGGCCACUACACAAUAGGCGAAUGGCUGCUGACUGAUCGUCCGGGAUUGUUCGGCCUUAUUCCAGGCUGUGCCAACCCCACAGGUUUGGCACUACUAAUAAUUUUGCUAAUCAUGUUCAUUUGCUCGCAGCCAUUUGUCAGACGCAAGGGUUCCUUCGAAGUGUUUUAUUGGACUCAUCUGUUGUAUAUACCGUUUUGGAUAUUAUUGCUCUUUCACGGUCCAAACUUUUGGAAGUGGUUUUUGGUACCGGGACUAGUGUACAUCGUAGAACGUAUAUUACGUUUCGUCUGGAUGAAAAGUGAACAUGGAAAAACUUACAUCAGUUCCGGUUUACUUUUACCCUCAAAAGUCAUACAUUUAGUCAUCAAGCGUCCAUUCAAUUUCAAUUUCCGCCCUGGCGACUAUGUUUUUGUGAAUAUCCCGGCUAUUGCCAACUACGAAUGGCACCCUUUCACCAUUAGUUCGGCGCCCGAACAGGAGGAUUACAUGUGGCUACACAUACGCACUGUGGGCGAGUGGACCAAUCGAUUGUAUCGGUAUUUUGAAAGAGAACAACAAAAAUUGCAAAACGGGGAAAUCGUACAACAUCGUCAUGCAAUCCCAACCGAGCUGGUGCGUCGAGUUGAUAAAAGUGAGACAAAAGCAUCGCCAACGCCACAAAUCGAUUUCCUAGCUCAAAAUCUUGCACGCUUGCAUAACAAACCGAAUGCACACGAUGCAGCGCUGCUUUCUAAUAGAGGCAUCAAUCAAUUGCAAAAUGUUCCGCUCAAACCCGCACGGAACAUUCACGUACCUUCAAAAUUGGCCACUGAAAACAUUAUCGUUCACGAUGAGAACGAGGCCUCUUCGACAAAACGCACAGACCGCAUACGCAGUAUUAAAAAGUCAUUACAACGCACUUUCUCCCGAAAGGAUGUGCCAACAAAGAAUGAUGUUAAUGGUCAUUGGAAUGAAGCUUUUGUUGCCGAUAGUGUGGAUCCAGUGAAACAGGCAGUGGAUAAACGCUUGCAAAAACUGAAUUCGCGUAAACCGCCGCUUGAGAAGAGUGUCUCACUGCCAGAUAUUGCAAUCAAGACCAAAAAGAAGGAGCGCCUCAAAGCUUUACGAGCGCUUGGACGUUCGGAAUCAGAGCGUUCAUUUGAUGAAUCACGAGUCAGACGAGCGCGACUCCAUAGCGUUGGUUUGGCGUACUUGAGCCCACAAAAUAAAUCACUUGCACAGAGUUUUCGAUACAUGCGCAACAAGCCGACAAUAAUCGCUUUUAAAACACCCAGUUUAGAUGAAGCAGAGCCAGUUUUCCCAACAAAUUCAGGAGGUAAGACGGACACAUUUAAGGAGCUGGAAGAAGGAAAAGGUAAUGGAGUGGAUAAGCCGGCCGAUACGACCAUUGUAAUUUCCAAUUCAAGUGUAUCCAAGCCUUUAGAUGAUCCAUCAGCACGCACUAAAGUUGGUCGUUUUCGCAGACCGACAUUCUUGCGUUCCCUUUCGACAUCCAUCAAAAAUCGCGGUAGCAAUGGCAGUCUUCCCCUACAUGGCAAAACUAACUCUGGUAGCAAGGUUACACUAGAUGCAGGCGUACUAGAGAUUUUUAUCGAUGGCCCAUACGGUGCGCCGUCGAGUCAUAUAUUUGGUGCUCAGCAUGCUGUCCUUAUCGGCACUGGUAUUGGCGUUACACCGUUCGCUUCCAUUUUACAAUCAAUAAUGCAUCGCUACUGGAAGGCGCGACACACCUGCCCCCGUUGUCAUUUUGAAUGGGCAAGUGAUAUACCGAAGACGGUGAUGAAUCUGCGAAAGGUAGAUUUUUUCUGGAUCAACCGCGAUCAACGCUCAUUCGAGUGGUUUGUUAAUUUGUUAUCACAACUGGAAAUCGAACAGGCCGAAUUGGGCGGCCCGAUGGAGAGAUUUCUCGAUAUGCAUAUGUACAUAACGAGUGCACUACAGCGUACCGAUAUGAAGGCGGUCGGAUUGCAAUUGGCUUUGGAUUUACUGCAUGAAAAGGGCAAACGAGAUCUCAUCACUGGCCUUAAAACGCGCACAAAUGCAGGCCGCCCAAAUUGGGAUAAAGUUUUCAAACAGCUGUUGGCGCAGAAGAAGGGCAAAGUCACGAUUUUCUAUUGUGGUCCACCACAACUUGGCAAAACGCUGCGCUACAAAUGCGAUCAGUAUGGUUUUGCAUUCCGCAAAGAAUGCUUUUAAUUCAUAAAGAAAAAAAUUUUUUGUUUUAAUUUUUUAUAUUUAAAUUUUUAUU